UCUAUCACUGCAAAAUGACGACUUACAAUGACAAGAUAGCUAUUUCUUUGGCUGUAGUUUUACUAGYAGUUUAUGGAUUGUAUAAAUUCUACCACGUCUCGUCACUUCCAUCGACGACACAGCUUGGAAAUGACAAGCAAAAUAUGAAAACUGGUGAGGAUUUCUUGCUWGCCCCAGGAAAUGAUUCUAAAGAGAGGACAACGGUUAUGAUUAAGUCAUGGAAGGCUGGAAAACCUACURAGCAAAUGGACGAGGACUCUGAAUUUCAAACAACCRAAAUUGAAAGAGAAAUUACAACAAMAAGAGCUGGAAUAGURCAAAAGCACAACGUUCACAAGGACAAUUYUGCCGUUUCAUCUCAUGAAGAAGAUGAAGAAAUUCGCUCAAAARCUGACCCAUUUUACCCUAAAACGAKCUCAAGCAACCGAAAAAAGAAGAUUAUAAGUCGUUUAAAAAUGCUGAAAAAGAAUAAAAAAUUGAUUUAUAGAAUGUUAAACAGAUUAUCAACAGCACCUGAAAACAAACCUGAUGACUUAUCAACYGGUAAAACAAGAAAGGUUUUUCUUUCUGGAACGAAAGAUAUCCAUCCAAAAAAUCAUGUAAAAUUUCGCUCACAUAAGACUUCAAAUUACUCAAGAAAUAUUCCACAGGGCAGUACUAGUAAAAGCAUUGUUUAUCMAACAACAACAAAAUAUCAACCUGACAAUUAUACUGGACAUAAGAAAGGGCAUAUUGCUGAMCAACAUAAGUCMCUUUAUCCGAAUUCUAAAAUGCUUGCAUUUUUAAAAAGAAAYAAGAGGCUGGAAUAUAAGCAAGGACUUUUGAAUGACUCAACAUUUUAUCGUGAAGUAAUGCCCGGAAAGGGUAAUCAUAAGAAUUCAGUWCUGCUACUUCAUGCUUCAGGUUUUACAUCAACUGUCUGGGUGAAUAUUGGGACAAUGCAAGUACUAGGCGAGUCAGGCUAUCGURCAGUAGCAAUAGACCUACCUGGUCACGGCAGAUCAUCUAAUACAACCAUCCCAUACUCCUCUGAUGAAAUCAUUGUAUACAUGAUCGAGUUGUUCCAGAACUUGGACKUCAUUACACCAGUAGUAGUAACACCAGCGAAGAGCGGUGAAUACCUCAUGCCUCUACUUAUGGAACAUCCAACUCUCCUUAGUGGCAUUGUAGCUAUCUCACCUACACAUACCAGCGACUACAGUACACGGUCGUACGAGCAAAUACCACUUCCRGUUCUUGUCUUACUGGGAAGAGAAGAUAAAACUAUGCUUAACUGGGCUUCACUGGACAAUCUAGAACAUUUGAAAAAUAAGAAGAUCUUUGCAAUCGCGAAUGCAACCACUCAUUGCUAUAUUCACCAACCAGUAACAUUUCAUAAGCUGGUUUUAAGGUUCCUUGGGAGCUUGCAAACGAUUCAGUAAUCUGGUUUCUAUCAUAUCCUUGAUGCUAGAAUAAACGUAUAAUGCUAACAUAAAGUAUAGUUUCUAUUCCGUAGGUAAAUCACAAAACAACUGCAUAUAUAACGUGACCUGCCAUAGCUAGUUAAAAACAAAAGGAUGCAAAGACAACCAACUACAUACUGGCUGUGAGUUUUUACAAAGAUUUCAAGACUUCAAAUGAGCAAACAAACACUGAGAAAAAUUAGAAGCACGCAUUUCUAAAAAGGAAAGAUAAAUUAACGAUGGAAAUCGUCCAAUAGUUUGGUUGUUAUCUAACUAGUUGCAUUGGACAAAUGCAAUCUGCUAUUGUUGAGAAUUCUCGACCAUUGAAAUUGUUAACUUUAAUUGAUAUUACUGUMAGUGGAAGCUGUCGUAUCCUCGGRAACGAUUUAUUUGUUUUAUUUUAUAACACCCGCAGCCCAACAUUAUCCAACAUGUUGUUUAAACAAUGCUAAAGAUGCUUUUGAUUCAACAAUAUUUAAAGAAGUAUUGGAUGAUCUUUCAAAAUCCUAKAGCAAACGCAGUGAAACCAUGAUUUAAAAUGUGGAUUCAUAUUCAUUGUGUUCUGGUUCAUUCAUGAUACUGACAAUUYGUCUCGAAAUAGCCGCUAYKUGUUAGUAUUUAUUUUGAUUUUUYUCAUGGUUUUCCUCCGUUUGCUCUAAAYCUUAUCUUUCUUCAAUAUCUAGAUAUUGACAAAAAAUAACUAAGUUUUAAGUCAACUAAAAGGAAAAUMAAAUAUGUUUCUUGUGCUACAACAUCUAUCCCUUGCCACAAACASCCCAUCGCUUGCCGCAAAAAGUCCAACUAUUCACCRAAGMUGAAGUAAUGGGACCGGUUGUGCGAAAGGUGGAUAACGUUAUUCACUUCAUAGAUUUAAUGCGAUUAAAUMCRCUAGAUAAGGACUUUAUCUCGUGAAUACGGCUCUUCACUCUUUGUAAAAUCCGCCCYUGUUGAAUAAUCACUAAGGCUGAGACAAGAAUAAUUCUUUUAAUGUAUGAGAAUCAUAAUCCCUUUAGUGCUACACGUGGUAAACCAUUUGGUCUUGUAUGAGUUUAUACUGCUUACUGUUCAU